AUGAAUCCUAGAUUUAAGACAGGCUUCCUUAUUUACUUUAGCACCAAACGAGCCCUGUGGAGAUAUUUUCAUCCACAUGUACUGGUAGUUGUGUAUCCCCAUAAAGUAUUUUAUGACGCGUUAACCGAGUCCCUCAGAAGGAUUUCUCUUUCUCAAACCUCUUUACGGUUAAAUUCUUCUGAGAGAAAGCCACCCAUUUCCAGUGAACAAGCGCCGGUGGAUAUGAAUAAGAAUGUUGAGACCUCCCUCCAGGGAGUACUGAGACGUUCGGGCCCCAUUCCAUUAUCCAGAAUCAGCUGGUACCUCGAUGAUGAUUCCAUGGAGUUUCUUUCUACUUACGCAGGCGGCCCAAUGGCUUUUUGCAGCCGAUAUCCUAAACUUUUUCAUGUUGUAAUCCUUCCUAAUCGCAUUAAUGUUUUACUCGGCUAUGAGGAAUUUUAUUAUAUACCUUUCGUAGACCGGAAGAUGUGCAUGUGGGUAGCGGCAGUUCUGGUGACGGCUUUUUAUAUGCCGAAAGCCAUUCCCCUACCCGUCACACCAACUACUGUACAACUGUAUCAGUACAUGCAAGGCAACAAGGAUGAAGUUCUUUUACAUGGCAUAACUAAAAUUUCUCAACAAGAGUUAAGAUUGAAACUGCGGUAUUAUAAUCAACUUUUUGUCUACAACGCCGAUCGCCUCUGCUUGGCUCGCCAUCGCUUCAUUCUCAUGGGGAAUACCUCUGAAGCCGUUGCCCAAGCUAUGGGUAUCUCUAAAAAAUUGGCACCACCCACUAUUUCUUCCUCUACUACUGUGUUCACCCAUGCCUUUACCCCAUCUAUUUCAGGCGCACACUAUGGUUCGGACAGGAAGAGUCUUAUCGAUUUCAUCAAGGCGCACGUCCCUACUACUUUUUUCGUCCCUUUGACGUAUCUUUUGCAAUGCCCGGAUGCAGAGCGGACUUUUGGAGUGGACUGCACCUUUGAGGCAGUGCGGGCGUCUAUUACUGAUGGAGAUGUGAACGAAUUUUUUUGUAUCCAAGUGCUUGCCCCAACAUUGAAGGGUACUUAUGUGCGCCGAUUGAAGCCUGAUGAUGCAGACUGCUUUUAUAGUGAAGAGGAUCCCUCUGAUGAAAAGAGGGCUGUGCUCAGAGGCGCAGUAACGGGUGAAGUUAAGCCGCAAAAGCACCAACCACCUGAGAUAGCAGCUCAAGCGUACAACAUUUUUUCUAUAGGGAAUAAAAUAACCCAGGAGCUUAUUCAGUUCCAAACUCAAAGUGAACUCAACCACAUACGCCUAGUAAAGGGUGUAAGUAUGGUAGAACUACAGUCUGAGAUUCUCUCCAAGGAUCUUGUCAAGGAGAUUGAAGGCUUUUUGGGGGCCGACAACCUACCGAACUUAGGCAUUUUCUAUCUUUUGAUAUUUGAUAGGCUACGUCACCUUUUUGAUGUUGACACGCAACAGGGCUGUGUUCGUCCAUGGGCGCUGCUACGGUCAGAGGAGCAGCCUAGCAGUCUUACAACCACAACUACACCUUUGCCCUUGGUCCUGCACAGUCUGCAGCAGCAGCUAUCGCGCGGACCUCUGGCUACAAGUGCCCUAUACAAAAACCUCUCGAUAUUCUGCCGGCGACAGCUCCUAACUUUAUACCACCAAGAUUCGUGGAUGCAGAUCUCAAGGACGGCGCUAGACACACCCGAUGCAAUUUCUCGUGGAUGCAACUCGCUCCGAACUUUUGUGAAUAAACAUUCGUUGUAUUUUGUUCAACGGGGGGAUGAUUUGCUGUGCAGCUCGGCGUACCUAGCAACUGAAGUGACCAAAUCAGUAUCCUUUAGGUCAAUUGAUUCUGACUAUCCUGUUCAGCAGCGCAGGAAAAAAAUCACAGAUUUCGAGAUGGCGGAAAUGAUCUACAACAUUCUUCCUCAGUGUGAACCAGUCUUGUGGAGAAACUUCUGCACAUCUCGAAAGGUAAAAAUGACUCUACCUUUUGACGCCCUCAAGUUGCGUAAGGACUUCUUUAACCGCUUUAAAUCUUACUUUAUUACUUGCGACGCCUUUUUCACAAAUCGUUUGAUUGUGGGACGCGCAGAUUGUGAUGUUCCUCCAUUAGACGUCCUACAGCCGCCACUAAAGACUAUUGAAUCGAUUAUCAAAUUCAUUGCCCUCCAUGCCAUUGGUGGUGUAACGGAAAUCGAAAUCAUGAGCGCUUUAUCUAAGGAAGGCCGCGUUUUCAUGAAGAUGUUUGGGUCUUGUGCAGACCUGGUGAAGAAGCUUCCAGAAUGGUUCGAAGUUCGCCGAGGCAUUUUUCACCAAAGCAACUCUAUUAUCACUUAUAUCGGCUCAGAAAACAACUCUCUUGAGGAAGAAGACAGCUAUUUCGCCGAAUUUUUGCCGUUACGGAAGAAAUUGAAUAAUGCUUCCUUGGCAACAGCGCCGUCCGAUACCACAGGACUUACCAACCCAUAG